AUGUCUGCCUCCAACAACACUGCUUCCUCUUCCACCAACAAGGUUGCUGGCAAAAAACGCGCUCGUGAUGAAUUGGAGAGUGAUAAGAGCGCAAGUCGCCAGACUUCACCUUCUACUGAUGGUCCACCCGCUGACCCAGUGUUUUCUUAUGUACCAUGGGAGCAUCCUACCAGGGAUGGGCGCAGGAUCAAGAAGCUCUUUUUGGAGAGUGAACACUGCAAUUUCAGGGCGCGGACAGAGAGUCCACUCUAUCAGGAUGGGGACGAAGUACGACCUCGCAAGUAUCUUUACCUGGAGGGAGGACAAAAACUUGACUUAUACAGUAGACCUAUAAGCCGUGACAAUUUUGACGUAUUCUGGGUACAUGAGCCAUCGUUGUUCAAGCAACUGAGACGUCGUAACCUGAUGUUGGUCAAGGAGGCGGACUGGCAACGGUUAGAAGCGUCAGCUAAGUCCUCACAACGUGCACAGGUUGCCGUCACUACAGUAGCAACGGAGACUGAAGUUGUGACAGAAACGUCAAGCAGUUAUCAAGAGUCAACGUUGGGGAUGUCAGAACGACAACUCCGAAAGGUUCUCAUUGAAUUAGAGUCAGUUGAUGUAGACUCGCCUCGUAGCAAAGCUUUUGCAAGAAAAAGCAGCACUGUUGUUAGAUGUGUAUAG